UCUUUGUUUCAAUUAUGAAACAACGCGUUUAUGACCAAAGAUCGUCGUGUCCUCUGCGCACUCCAUCUAUGUAAAAAACUGCAUUUAUUUCUAUUAACAAUAGAAGAGGACAAGAAUACUGCUAAUGGUAUUAUAACCUCUUUUUAAAGAGAUGUGUGCAGGAUGUAUUCUCAAUAAUCUGAAUAAUAUUCAACAAUCGUUAUUGAAUUGGGAAACUGAAAAAUGACGUGAUAAGACGUUUGCUGAAGCGCAUUCGUUAACUAUACCUAAAUCAGUCGCCGAAACUGAGUUUACCUGAUUUCUCCUAGAAGGGCGUAUUGGGAUAUUUACCCAGUAAAACGUACUAUUACAAUUACAAGCUACAAACGAGAGAUAUACAGCCUCUUUAGUACUGGAGGACCUUGCAUUUGAGGUUAAAAUUAAAAAAAAAAAGCCUUACAGAUUCGACGAAUUGUACUUAGCUUGCACAAUUUUUAUUCAUUUUAGUGAAUUAGGACGGCUGAUAAAUUUUUACCGCCAAAUUUAGCAUGACUACAGAAACUCCGGACUUUUCUUGAAAAUGAAUUUAUGUUGAUUCUGUGACAAUGCGAGCAAUACGAGACUGAAAAUGAAACGACCUUCCCAAAAAUCUCACUUGUAAAGGACCAUAUCAAUGAAUUAAUGCCGAUUACAUUAAGGCUACAGCAAACUGGAAAGAAAUUGUUAAGUGAGGCAUAAUCAAAACUUUUUAUUAGCAGGCCUUAAGGCUCAAUUUCCAUUUGCCAGCGCCAAAUCUCGAAUAGAUACAAAUAGUAUUCAACUUGAACCCAUCUUGUUUAACCAAUUUUUUUUUUGUUUGCGAAGGCUGCAUGUAGUUUUAUGCCAUUCCCGCAAUUCCAGUUGCAUAAUUUCUCGUAGACGUUGCACGCCUCUUACUAAUCUAUUCCUACCAGAAGGUUUGCUUCAAUAUCUAACUUCAAAAUCACAAACAUUUUAGUAAUGACGUCGACCUGCUUUAUCAUGAUGCUUAUCAAGUAAUCCUAUUACCUAGCUAUUGUCAGGUACAAAUACUAGCCGUAUGCGAACUCGCGAAUGGUUUUGCCGUGAUUAUCUGACGUAAACGAGGUAUUGAAGGUUUCGAGUAGUGUUUGACAGUUUAAAUAGUGAUAGAAAGCAUAGUUCAUACAGCGGUAACGAGACUACGUGAAAACGACCCAUCUGUUCUUCAAAGAAUUUUGCUAGAGGAGUUGCGCACGGUCGUGUCAAGAUUCCGGCAAGCCUCGUUUAGUUGGCUAUGGCACCCGCCAUUGGAAUCGACCUUGGCACCACGUAUUCCUGUGUCGGAGUAUUUCGACACGGCAAAGUUGAAAUCAUCGCUAAUGAUCAGGGUAACCGUACAACGCCAUCGUACGUAGCGUUUACCGAUACAGAGCGGCUGAUCGGAGACGCAGCCAAAAAUCAGGUAGCGAUGAAUCCGACAAAUACGGUGUUUGAUGUAAAGCGCCUAAUGGGUAGGCGGUUCAAUGACGCCACAGUACAAUCCGAUAUGACCCUAUGGCCGUUCAAGGUGGUAAACGAGGGCGGCCGACCCAAGAUCGAGGUUGAAUUCAAGGGGGAAAAGAAGAAGUUUUUCCCGGAGGAGAUUUCGUCAAUGGUGCUCGUCAAAAUGAAGGAGACAGCUGAAGCUUUCUUGGGAACAAAAGUUACGGAUGCAGUGAUUACGGUGCCGGCGUAUUUUAAUGAUGCCCAAAGGCAGGCUACGAAAGACGCCGGGGUGAUAGCAGGCCUCAAUGUUUUGCGCAUUAUAAACGAGCCUACUGCAGCAGCAAUCGCUUACGGGUUAGAUAAAAGGGAACACCUCGCACACAAACGUGGCGACCGAAAUGUAUUGAUCUUCGAUCUGGGAGGCGGCACAUUUGACGUGUCGAUUCUGUCCAUUGACGAUGGCGUCUUUGAAGUGAAAGCCACCGCUGGAGACACGCAUCUUGGUGGUGAGGACUUCGAUAACCGAAUGGUCGGUUAUUUCGUCGAGGAGUUUAAGCGCAAACACAAGCGCGAUCUCAGUACAAAUAAGAGGGCGAUACGCCGUCUGCGGACGGCCUGUGAACGAGCAAAGAGAACGCUGUCUUCGUCGACCUCAACUGCUAUGGAGGUGGAUUCACUGUUCGAGGGCAUUGAUUUUUAUUCCCAGAUCACACGAGCCCGCUUUGAAGAGUUGUGUGCCGACCUUUUUCGAAAUACGCUGGAGCCAGUGGAGAAAGCUCUUCGGGACGCAAAGUUAGAAAAAGCAGCAAUUCACGAAAUCGUGCUUGUAGGUGGUUCUACACGUAUUCCACGCAUUCAGAAACUGCUCCAAGAUUUCUUCAACGGUAAAGAGCUGAACAAAUCGAUCAAUCCAGACGAAGCCGUGGCAUAUGGAGCCGCUGUGCAAGCAGCAAUUCUAACUGGAGACACAUCAAAAGAAGUGAAAGACCUUCUUCUUUUAGAUGUGGCCCCGCUUUCGCUUGGUAUCGAAACGGCCGGUGGUGUAAUGACGCCACUGAUUAAACGAAAUACUACUAUCCCGACAAAACAAACUCAGGUCUUCAGCACGUACUCGGACAAUCAGUCCGCAGUGACCAUUCAAGUAUACGAAGGAGAGCGCGCCAUGACCAAAGAUAAUAAUCUCUUAGGGAAAUUUGACCUGGCUGGCAUCCCUCCAGCUCCGCGUGGAGUUCCGCAAAUUGAGGUGACUUUCGACGUGGAUGUCAACGGUAUUCUGCACGUGUCGGCGAUUGAUAAGUCGACAGGGAAGGCAAACACUAUUACCAUAACGAAUGACAAGGGGCGCCUUUCUAAACAGGACAUCGAGCGGAUGGUGCAGGAUGCAGAGCGAUUCAAGGACGACGAUGACAAACAACGGGUCCGGAUCGCAGCAAAGAAUUCACUCGAAGGUUAUUGCUUCAGUGUGAAAUCGGCGCUGGAGGGACCGGGCUCGGAUAAGCUUUCCGAGACCGAGAAAAAGCAAGUGUUGGAUAAAGUCAAGGAGUCACUUGUAUGGCUUGAUUCAAACCAGCUUGCUGAGACUGAAGAGUUCGAACAUCAUCAGAGAGAUCUGGAAAAAAUUGUACGGCCGCUUAUGCUAAAACUGCACAGUGGUCCUGCUGGGGCUGGUGCAAGUAUGCCUUAUGCAAUGCCUGAACGUGGCAGUUCUGGCGGAUCCACUGGAGAAAGAUCCUUCUCACAACCGGCCGGUGACCGUGGACCCACCAUUGAGGAGGUUGAUUAAGUUUUUGUGAUCCUGACCUUACCUCUGUCUGUGUAAAACAUUUGUGCUCGGAUGAACCCGGAUUCAUUACAUCUCGUUAAAUCUUUAACUAAAACAGUCUGUAUAGGCAAUGCAAAAUGCUUUUAUUCAAAUGAACUCGAAUUUAGAAAAGUUGCUCGAAUUCAAAAAAGUUGUUACAUCUCAUUAAAUCUU